CUGAUUUAUAAAACGCAAAUGUCAUCCACGAAACAAAAUGUCAACGUCAGCAACUCUAGUUCAUCUUAAUUUUAAUUAAGGGAAUAUAAUUUUAGUUUCUCCUAAUCAGUCUCAAGUUUUAUUGUUUGAAUAAAUUAUUUGUCUUUGAGAAGUUCCAAAGUUUUGUUACAUCAGUUCGAAAGUGGUGUUGUAUUAUAAGUGAAGGGGCUACUUCCUAAUAAGAUUUAAGUCAAUAAUGCAAUGCUCCCUCGUCGUCGAAACGUCGGAGUGUCGGAUAAGACACCUCUUUUACAAGAAGAAUUAAUACCCUACGAUAAACUCAACAAAAACGGACACAUUUACCAGCCAACAUUUUCUGAUAAGCAGCAAGAGAACUACUCGGUACCAGAUACUUCGUUCGACUUUCUUGAGGAAUUUGUAUUUGAAGCAGUGAUGGCUGCUAGAGAUAGGACUCAAGAAUUUGCGUCAACAGUUAGAAGUCUCCAAGGUCGAACGUUUGCUCGGCCUAUAAUAAAAGAUGAAAAAAAAGCUGCAAUGCUCGCAACAUAUUCUCAAUUUAUGAGUAUGGCAAAAGUUAUAAGUAAAAACAUAACAAGUACCUACACCAAACUUGAAAAGCUUGCCUUGUUGGCAAAAAAGAAGUCUCUAUUUGACGAUCGCCCUAUGGAAAUCCAUGAGCUAACAUAUAUUAUAAAAGGAGAUUUAAACUCCCUGAAUCAGCAGAUAGCAAGGCUCGGAGAAAUGCCUAGAGGACGGAAGAGCAUGCAUAGCCAUUCCUCUAGUGUAGUCCUAGCACUACAGUCAAGACUUGCAUCUAUGAGUAACCAGUUUAAACAGGUACUUGAAGUAAGGUCUGAAAAUCUUAAGCAUCAAAAUAAUAGACGCACACAAUUUUCUGCAUCUGCUCCAGUGGUCAAAGAGGUUCCAUCUUUAUUGCAACCAGAUGAAGUUAGUAUAGAUUUAGGGGACACCUCUCCUCUUCAAAGCCAACAAUUAGCACUAAGGGAUGAUACGGAUUCCUAUGUGCAACAAAGAGCGGAGACUAUGCAUAACAUUGAGAGUACUAUUGUAGAGUUGGGUGGGAUUUUCCAACAAUUGGCUCACAUGGUCAAAGAACAGGAUGAGGCUAUAGGCAGAAUAGAUGCCAACAUCCAAGAAGCUGAAAUGAAUGUUGAAGCUGGCCAUAGAGAAAUAAUGAAAUAUUUCCAAAAUAUAACAGGAAAUAGAGCACUCAUGUUUAAAGUCUUUGGUGUAUUAAUUUUCUUCUUUAUAUUCUUUGUCGUAUUCUUGGCUUAAAGUUUGAUUUUCAGCCAUUUUAAAAAAAUUUUAAAGCAUUUCAUUAAUUGAUUUGUAAGUUAUUAUAAUUGAGGUCGGUUUUUUUAUUCAAAAUUCAGUGUUCUCUUAACAAUGAUGGUGUGAUUAAAUCGCAAAAUAGAUAUUUGAUUUACUUUUAAUUAGAGCAUCGCCAGUUCCAACGAUGACUUGAAUAAACUUCAUUUUUUAUUUUUUGUUUUUAAUUUAAUGGACACAAGUUUAUUAUGUUAGACAAUUAUAAAUUAAUGUUUUUUUUUUUUAAUUAAUUUUUACGACAGAGAUAAGAUGUAUUGAUAACUUUGAUCAUACUAUGUACAUAUAAAGGGAAUGUGUAAAGUAUUCUAUAAAUAUAUUAUUAAUAUUAUUUGUGAGAAUUAUAUAUUGGUGCAGUAAAAUUUAUUGAUUAGGA